UUCUCCGCAGAGGACGGUUGGACAGAGGGCUCAGUCGAGAUCCCACUACCCAAGACAGGCGUUAAGUAUGUAUCCGAGGAUGUGGCCCCCAGAUUCAAAGUCGACGGGAUCUAUCAUCGCCGCCUCAUACCACUCGUCCGAGCGGCAGCGGAGGACACUCGCUUCGCAGAGCAGUACCACUGGAUCCCUCACAAGCUGUUCUGGACACCCCGCACUGACGGCGCAGCCCCUCCCCACGGUGUGAAUCCCAUUCGCAUUAUCACUGAUACGUACAAUGCGGACGUGAUGAACAACGAGUUCGAGAAGAUUCAAACGCGACCGCGCAACUCUACUGAUGCUGCGGAUGUCGAAUAUGUCAUAGCCGCGAUUCUGCUGUGGUCGGACAUGACCCAUCUCACCAGCUUCGGGUCAGCGGCACUCUGGCCAAUCUACAUGUAUCUCGGAAACCUCUCGAAGUAUAUCCGCGGGAUGCCGACCGAGUUCGCAGCACAUCAUCUCGCAUAUAUCCCAUCACUCCCGGACGAACUGCGCGACUACUACAAAGAGCACUACAAGACGUCUCCCUCGGCCGACGUCCUCACGUUCUGCAAGCGUGAGCUUAUGCAGCGUAUUUGGCUGCUGCUACUCGACGAUGAGUUCAUGGACGCCUACAAGAAUGGCAUUCUGGUCGUCUGCGGCGAUGGAGUGACCCGGCGCAUUUUUCCACGCAUCUUCUCAUACUCAGCUGACUAUCCUGAGAAGAUCCUGCUGACUGCCUUGAAGCCCCUCUCGAAACAUCCCUGCCCCCGCUGUCUUGUCUCCCACAACAACCUCUGUGAUGCCGGAACCCCCGAGGACAUGCUGCGGCGGUCUGCUGACAAGCGCAAGGAUAGUAAGAAGGUUCGAAAACAAAUAAAGCGCGCACGUAAACAGGUCUUCGAGAAGGGACGCUCGCUGAAGAGCGAGAAGCUGAAGGCUCUCCUGGACUAUCAGUCCCUUAACCCCAUACAGGUAAGUGUCAUUGUCCUAUCUUGUGGGCUAACUGAUCACGCUGACAUCUCUCAACGAACAUUCCGCCUGUUUGUCCCCGACUUGAUGCACGAGGUUGAGCUCGGGAUCUGGAAGGGGACAUUCACCCAUCUGUUACGGCUAUUGGCCGCCCAAGGCGACAAUGUGGUGCAAGAUUUUAACAGAAGGAUGCAUGCGAUGCCAACCUUUGGUCAAGACAAGAUCCGCCGAUUUUGGAAGGACAUGAGCUCGCGCAAGCAGAUUGCCACGCGGGACUAUGAGGACUUCUUGAUAGUCAUGAUACCUGCUUUUGAAGGGCUCCUCCCGCUACGUGAUGAUCAAACCGUCGCUGACCUACUCUUUGAGCUCGCAAACUGGCAUGCCCUCGCCAAGCUGAGACUACACACCGCCGUUACGAUCAAAAUCCUCCGCGCCGCAACGACGCAUAUGACAGACGCAAUGCGGCACUUCGCGGCAACGACCUGCGAGCGAUGGGAGACGCACGAGCCUUCUAGGGAAGUUGAUGCCCGUGUGCGCCGUAAGGAGAAGUGCGGUCGCAAUGUACCGCCUGAAGCCCGUGAACGCCUCACGGUGCACUACAACACGCUGAACACCUUCAAGUUCCACGGUGUCCCGGAUUACCCCGAUGUGAUCGAGAUGACUGGCCCAAGUGACACCGGGAGCACGCAAGUAGGUGAACUCAAACAUCGUCACGUCAAGAGAUUCUAUGCACACACAAAUAAAAUCGGCUACGAGCUUCAGAUCGCCAAGCAUCUACGCCGCGCGGCGCUCAUGCGUGCGAUUCGGAAGCUUGACGACUAUGUCCCACGCCGUGAACGUCUGAGGCAAGACCGCCUUGCUUACAGUCGCCCAGAUUCGCCACUCCCACCAACUGACCCUCUCAAUCAUUAUGCCAUCUCGAACACCUCGCGCCUGGCGCUUGGCAUGCGCAAUUGGAUCUCCAGGAAUCGGGAUGAUCCGGCUGCAGAUAAUUUCAUUCCUCUUCUCCGCGCGCACCUUCUGGGUCGACUCCUCGACUUGCCGCAUGGGGAAGGCGGAGAACCUGGCACGUUCACUGAUGCGCAGCUCGACCGCAUCGAAGUGCAGAAUGACCGCAUCUAUCGCCACAAGGUUCUGCGUGUCAACUACAUGACAUACGACAUCCGGCGUGAUCAAGACGUCAUCAAACCGACCACCCACCCCGACAUCAUGCUGCUUGCUGACGAUCCCCUCUCCGCCCAUCCAUUCUGGUACGCUCGGGUCAUAGACAUAUUUCACGCUAAUGUACACUACACUGGUGCGGGAGCAACUCGUCUCAUGCGCGAGGGCGUACACAUGGAUUUCCUCUGGGUGCGAUGGUACUGCUUGGACAAUGACACCCCGUUCGGCUUCCCAGAAGCAUGCCUACCACGCCUCUCCUUCGUGGACGCCAACGACCUGGAUACACACCCGUUCGGAUUCGUGAACCCAUCCGAUGUCAUCCGCGGGGCUUAUCUGCUGCCUGCGUUCCACCACGGCUUCACCGACGCGCUCCUGCGGCAUUCACCCUUGGCUCGGCACACCUCCGAAAAUGACGAAGAUUAUCGUUAUUAUUACGCCUGCAUGUUCGUCGACCGGGAUAUGUACAUGCGGUACCUUGGCGGUGGCGUUGGACAUCGCGCCACAUGGCAAGACCGCCGCGAUCGCAUGGUUGACGACAACGAGGGUUUGCUCGAAGGCUUGGCAAACGAGGACACUGUUGACGAAGACGAAGACACAGACGAGGAUACCUCGGAUGAAGACACCGUAGACGAAGACGAAGAGGACGAGAUCGAGGAGGACGUCGUGGAGGCAGAUGAGGAUGAAGAGGACGAGGCGGAUGAGGCGGACGAGGACGAGGACGAGUACUAUGAGGAUGGUGAGUUCGUAGAUGAGGAUGCGGAGGGCGACGAUGCACCCGAAGACGACGAUUACUAUCCCGACCUCGUCUUCGCGGCUGAGGGGUUUGCACCCUUGUAG